UUCGAGCGGGGCGUGCCGGUGCAUUUGCCUCCCUCAUGGAUCGCGUCCAAAAAGUUGCUUCGUCUCACCGCACGGCCACUGCGGACUUAUUGCGGCUUUACCUCGCGCCGUCUUUGCGUCCUAUUCACCGCUAUGCUUCUACUACCGAGUGCCGCUUCAUCCACUGAGUACGUUGUCGGGGUCAUCAUGGUGUCGCGCUCGGAGGAGAACCGCUUCGACAUCCAGCGCAUCGGUCCGGCCAUCGACAUCGCGGCUGAAGAGACCUGUCGUCACGUGUACGGUACAAAACUCCAGCUCCUCCAGGCCUACUAUCCGCACCGAUGUUCGGCCCGCUUCGCCAUCGGCAGGGCUACGGAUCUUGUCCAGCGGGUACCGCGCGUCAGCGCCUUUGUGGGACCGUCGUGCAGCAGCGACCUGUACAUCGUCGAGAGCUUCGCCGGCUACCGACACAUCCCUAUCGUCACGGGCCUCGGCGACAGCUUCGAGAGGACCCCGAACCAGACGUCGACACUCAUACGGACGUCGUACGUGCUCAGGGACAAGGCGAGGGCCAUACUGGCCUUCCUGGGCCACUUCGAUUGGCGACGGUUCGGCAUCGUGUACCGCGACCGCAACGUCUAUUACGAGUCGCUGUUCAACGAGUUGAGCGAGCUCGCCGAGGGCCUCAACAUGAGCAUCACCUGCAAGCGACACUUCCUCCGCAACGAGAAGACUAAGGUGGUCAUGUCCGAUCUGCGCGCCAUCAUGGCUGACAUUAAGGAAUGCGCAAGGAUCGUGGUCCUGCUGACUGGCGAGAAGGAGGUUCGCACGAUGCUGGAGCAUGCGCAGGAUUUGGGAAUGACGUCAUCCGGCGAGUAUGCCUUCCUCUACCCGGAGCUGUUCCAGGGAGAGGCUGCCGGGAACAUAUCGUGGUCCAAGGAUGUUGACGAUCCAGAGCGGCGUGUGCGACUUCGAGCGGCGUUCGAGUCACUGAUGAUCAUCAGCCUGAAUCAGCCCGUGUCGGACGAGUACAUGCGUUUCUCCAACGAGGUUAAGCACCGCUCACGUACACAGUAUCAGUUUCCCAAUUACAUGGAACGAGUGGUAAACUACUUCACAGCCAGUUUUCACGACGCCGUGGUGAUGCUCUGCAAAGCCAUUAACGAAACAGUGGCCAGUGGCCUGGAUCCUUACGACGGGGACAACCUAGUGAAGAAAAUGCGGAACGCGAGCAUAAAUGGUGUCUCGGGCAGGGUCGUGAUUGACAUGAACGGAGAUCGAGUGGCCGAUUAUGCUCUCCUGGACCAAGUUGACCCUUCGACAGGGCAUUUUGAUGUCGUACUACAAUAUUUUGGAGCCAACCAAAGCUACCAGACGGUGAAUGCGAUUCAUUGGCCUGGGAAGGGUCCACCAGUGGAUGUCCCAUAUUGUGGAUUCGACGGCAAGGAUCCUAAGUGUUUAAAAACUGAGGACUUCCCGUUUUUCGAAACCGUAAUAAUUUCUGCAUUAGUGUUCCUGAUAAUCAUGCUCAUCUGUGCAUUUCUCAUUUAUCGCAAAAUGCAGCUGGAAAGUGCCAUCGCCAACAUGUCAUGGCGAAUCAGAUGGGAGGAAAUAACCUUCACGCGCAACCAGCGGAGCAGUUGGAUGAUGAGCCGGCUAUCCAUAACAAGCGCGAUGUCCACUAAGAUGGAAAAAGGCUGGGUGCACUGGGCUCCAGAUCUGCGAGACAGCGCCUUUAUGGAAGCGGCCGCCAAAGCCAACGAGCAGCAGUUCAUCCUGACGGGAUCUCUCAAGGGUAUUGUGGUGUCCGUCAAAAAGUUACCUCAUCAGAAAAGAAUUGAACUCACCAGAAGUGUCCUCAUCGAACUCAAACAGAUGCGAGAAACGCAGCAUGAAAAUAUAGCGAGAUUUGUCGGAGCCUGCAUAGAUGUGCCAAAUAUUGCCAUCAUCACAGAGUAUUGUCCGAAGGGCAGCUUGCAGGAUGUAUUGCACAACGACUCCCUCCGACUGGAAUGGCUCUUCCGGUACUCCUUAAUCAACGACAUUGUUAAGGGCAUGAGCUACCUGCACAGCAGCGAGAUCGGCACGCACGGCCGACUCCGCAGCUCCAACUGCCUGGUGGACAGUCACUUCGUGCUCAAGCUCACCGACUUUGGCCUGCCUACUUUUCGUAAAGACGAGACUUACAGCCCAUUCGUCACAGAGGGAUCUCAGAAAUUCUUGUGGAAGGCGCCCGAACUCCUGCGGCUCAAGCAGUGUCCAUCGGGAGGAACUCAAAAGGGCGACGUCUACAGUUUCGGCAUCAUUCUGCAAGAGAUUAGUCUCCGAGAGGACGCAUUUUAUCCACACUGCGAUCGCAUGGAAAAUGCAGAUAUGCUAGCACGGGUUAUGUCCCUGGAGGACCCACCAUUUCGACCGAUUGUCGAGAAGGAUGCCUGCAUCUGUGAGCUUCACCAGCUGAUGACGCGAUGCUGGGCCGAGGACCCUGACGAUCGUCCCAGCUUCAACCAAAUCAAGGUCCACAUGCGAGUCAUCAACCGGGGCUAUCACGGAGAAGUGAACAUCAUGGACAACAUAAUGGCUCGCAUGGAACAGUACGCCAAUGAGCUGGAGGUACUGGUUGAACAAAGAACGGCAGCGUUUCUUGAGGAGAAGCGGAAAUCUGAGGAACUUCUGUAUCAAGUACUGCCAAGGUCCGUUGCGGAACAACUGAAACGCGGCAAAGCCGUGAUUCCAGAAUUGUACGACAGCGUCACGAUAUACUUCAGCGACAUAGUUGGGUUCACUUCCAUGUGUUCAUCAAGCACACCAAUUCAGGUUGUAGACUUCCUGAAUGACUUGUAUACAUGUUUUGACGCAGUCAUCAGCGACUUCGACGUUUACAAGGUAGAAACCAUAGGGGACGCUUACAUGGUUGUGUCUGGGCUUCCAGAUCGCAAUGGCCACAGCCACGCCCGGGAAGUGGCCCGCAUGGCGCUCAGUCUGCUGCGCGCCAUACGAAACUUUCGAAUCAGGCACAGGCCUGACGACACGCUCAAGCUGAGAAUCGGCAUACACACCGGUCCUUGUUGUGCUGGAGUUGUAGGGCAGAAAAUGCCCCGUUACUGCCUUUUCGGAGAUACUGUCAACACUGCCUCGAGAAUGGAAUCGAAUGGAGAAGCGCUGCGUAUUCACGUCAGCCCCGAUACCAAGACGGUCCUUGAGAGGUUCGGGACGUUUCACUUGGAACCACGAGGAGGCAUCGAGAUAAAGGGCAAAGGCUUGAUGCACACUUACUGGCUUCUCGGCGAGCACUCCAAAGACCUACGAGUCUUGGACGGUGUCAAGAAGGUCAUGAUUUGAGACGCCAGCUCGUCACCGCGCCACCUUGUGCUAGUCAAAGUGAUCUGCGACCACGUUUGUCUUCUGCAACUACUCGGUGGGUUGACCAAACGCCUGGUGUGACAUGCCUACCAGCUGGCGACGGACGUGUGACGUGAACAUACCUGGAAUACCUCACUUCUGUUAUUCGUGUGUGGCGUUAACGGCACGUCGGACGUUCUCCUGCUCUAUGUGUCAGCUGAGUUAUUCACGCGAAAGAUGGCUGUGCUGAAACCAA